AUGUCAGACUCCGGUAAUACCACCGACAGGGAGUCUAUACCCACGCAGGCGACUCAACAUGAGCCUGAAUCUCUCACUCAGCUCAAAAGAAGCCUAUUUAUUACCGACCCUACGACUGAGUUUGCUGAACAGUCACACUUGUCUUAUCUUAUACCGGAGAAUACGGAUUUAGAUUUGGAAGCAGCUUUUAAGGAUGUUGAGCCUGGGAAGUCCAUACUUGAUUUAAUCAAACGCAGGGAUACGUUAUUCUUCGACGAGACGGUAAAUGUUCUUUUACUCCUCAGAAGUCCCUGGAAAGAUGAAGCAUCACUCCGCACUCACCUCAAUCGGCUAGUGAUAUCAGUCGAAGCCCAGAUCGUCAACAGCAAAUCCUACGGCAAGGAGAACUCUUCAGCAGAUACCAUCUUCUCAGGUACAGUCCCAGAUAUUGAUGACCCUUUCAUUAUCGUCGACGGGGGUGAUGAGGAAGAGGAUGAAGAAGAAGAGGACAGUGACGAUAGUGAAGAAAGCGGUGAUGAUGCCAACAGAAACCAAAGUGUUUUCGCUGUAUGGAAGCUACCCGUCUUUUUGAGUCGGCCUCGUACGCGAAUCUCGGCACCAGCCAUCAUCUUCACAGCAUCUGCGAGCAUGAAACCUGAGAUUUCAACUGACCUCAUUGGAAAGGGGAGUGGUUACCUUCAGAGCGGUGUGCCCUCUGGUUUUAACCUACUCGAGUCUUUCGGAAGCGAUGCUGCACUCGGCGGAGUGAAGCCUCGGCUGUCUGCGCUGCGAGUAUCAAGGGUUACGCCCGUUACGCGCUCACAAGAUGUCACGAAGCACAUACGAGCUCUGCCUCAGGUCCAGCACAAGAUCUUUCCUGUCGUCCACACGAGAAUCCGGUUUUCAAGACCGACUACAGCACCGACCAGCUCAGCCGUGAUCGCACUGCUCGAAGUUGACUUUACCUCUCAUUUCGAAUGCGAGGUAUCAUUGGAUCGAAUCGAACUUUCAAUUCUCGACGCUACUGUCGAAAACCUCAACAAUGACGCGGGCAUGCAGCUGCCUCUUACCUGCGUGUCUCACGAUCAUAUUACGUUCCUCUAUCGCAUUGCUCCUCGUCAGCACGACGUUACAGUCAAAAACCCCAUGCGCGAACUCGACAUUAAAAUUUCUGCUACUGCUCAGGUUAUACCGGGCCGCUGCACGCCCAGUAUGAACAUGUCAUGGUCAACGCAGCUCGACUUUACUCUUCCAGUCAAUCCUGGCUAUGGAUCGGCAACUGCUGGAACUGGCAUUGUCCGCGCCCAUAGACCAUCGCAACUUUCUAUCACAGGCCAAGCAGUAAAUCCCCUGGUAUCACCAUCUAUCAUUCGUCCAGACGCCCUGCCCACUCUCGAGGCUGCCACAUCCAACACAGACGCCUCCAUUACAGAACUUGGCAUAACAAUGACCUUCACUGGUCCCUCUGAACCUGUCUACCCAGGCCAGGUCUUUUCUUGGACCGUCUAUAUUGUGAACCGUGCCAUAGAAAAGAAUUCUGCGCCUCCCCGCAAACUUGCCCUUGUUGCUAUUCCCAAACGCCGGCGAGGCGAAGUCCGUAUGACACGGCCUCCAUCAGUGGGUGGGCGACGAAAUGGUGAAAAAGACGUUGCCGAUGCGGUCACCGACGAAAAUGUACUCCACGCAUUACAGAAGAACUCAUCCGUCGAGUCAACUGAUGUUGUUUGCUUAAGCGCUGAUACCCGGGUCGGUCCUCUUGCCCCAGGAGCUUGUCACGUAGUCGAGCUUCAAUUUCUCGCGCUACAAGAAGGCGUCGUGGGCCUCGAGGCUAUGCGAGUUGUUGAUCUAGGGUCGCAGGAGCAUGUUGAUAUCAGAGAUUUACCAACCAUGUUGGUAGAGCCAGCAGCGGCAUAA